UUCAAUCAUAUUAGUAGGGUAAAAUUUAAACAUGAUUUUAUAUACUAAUAGUCUGCUCAAAAAUGUUUCAUCACAUUUUUCAUUACAACCCUCCCUCACAUGUUUCAUCAUCCGCCGUGAACAUACGGCUCUGAAGUAACACUUACCCCCAUUCUCUCAACAGUCUUAGCUACACAAUCAUCAACCGGAAUAGGGACAAUCUAUGGCGCUACUCUCCCAAUACUCAGCAACGUUUUCCUUGAAAGUAAAACCAAUAUCACCAUUGGUAUCUUUUCUUGGCAGCUCUGUUCAGAUAAAAAAAUCUAUUUCACUAAUAACGGUGCCUUCUUCUUCCUCUUCUUCUUCUCUGUUCCGUAUCCGCUGUUACUCUGCUCUCUCUGAGCGGCCCAUUAGGUUUACCUUUUUAAUCGUUUGAUAGAGAUAUUUGUGAAUAAAUGUGUGCAUUUUCCAGCAAUAUUGAAUUCGUGAGUCGUGACUUUUGUUUGGAUUGUUCAAACAGAUAUGCAGUUCUUGGUGCUGGAUAUGCCGGGCUGUCUGUGGUUUGGCAUUUGUUGCAGGAAAGUCCCAAGGAGUCACACCUUUUCAUUGAUAUAUAUGAUGAAGUUGGCUUUGGUGGAGGCGCAUCUGGAGUAUCUGGAGGACUCCUUCAUCCAUACUCUCCUAAAGUUAAGCUACUCUGGAGAGGAGAAGAGUGUUGGAAGGAGAGUUUAAAUCUUUUAAGGAUAGCUGAAGAUGUAAAAGUGUCCAAAUCAUUGUACUUCAAAGAACAAGAAGAUCAUGGUCAGAUAGGAAAUGACUUUAUGGUUGGAAGAAGUGGAAUCCUGAGGCCUGCACAUAGUGUGAAGAAUAUGGAAAUUAUGAUUGAUUAGAAUGCUCAGAAAGGCCUCCCAAGCUGUAGAAUAGAGAGAAUUGAUAAAGAAGCUGCACAUGAGCUGAUUCCAGGUUUAUAUGUGCCUCUAGACCUGGCCUUUCACAUGCCUCAAGCUCUCACUGUAAAUUCCCAAUGCUAUCUUAAGGCUCUCUACUCAGCAUGCCAACUUUCUGCAAAAGAAUCUCCCAAUUCUGGCGGUGCACUUAAAGAGUUGCGUUUACACAAAAAACCCAUCAAUCGUCUCCUAGACCUAGCAGAUCUUAAAUUAUCAAAGGGUUUGUUAUGGGACAUUUCUUUCAGGGGAGUAUGAUGCAGUGAUAAUAUGUCUUGGUGCUAGAGCAGCUUUUCUCCCAGAACUCUCUGGAAGGAUCCCGUUGCGGACAUGCAGGGGCAUCAUUGCUCACUUGAAGGUUGAUGAUGACGUUAGAGACGGUUAUCCCGCGGACUCCCCCUCCAUAUUAUCUGAUGCAUGGAUUGCCUUUCAUGGCCCACAAGAUCUCCGAGUAGGUGCCACAUGGGACUGGAACUCGAGGAACUACUCAAGGGGGGUUUCUCGGGAGGAAGGUAAUAAAGCCAUAGAAGAGCUUCUGCAUCGCAAAGCUUCGGCAAUGUAUCCUGCCAUAAAGAAUAUGACUACUGUCACGGGUAUGAGUGGAGGCUUAAGGGCAGUUCCUCCACUCACACCUCAAGGAUCACUUCCACUAUUGGGUUGUGUUGAUGAGUUUGUGUCCGGGAAUCAAACGGAUAAUAAGUUUUGGUUACUUACCGGGCUCGGUUCAAGGGGUUUGUUGUACCAUGGUUGGGUUGGCAAGUUGAUGGCACGAGCCGUUCUUUCUCGUGACGAGGGGUUGAUCCCUUAUGAACUUAUUUCAUGGAAAAGCAUAAUAUAGAGCAUUGGUUUUCUAGUGUUUUGGAUUUAGGGGAAUGAGGAAAUAAAUUUUUGGAAAAAUGUGUGGCUUUCGAAAGGGUGGGUUCUCA